AUGGCUUCGCAGCACCAUUUUGCUGACCGACUUCGAAAUCAGCUCAACGAGGCCAAUGCGCGGAAUCUCGAGCUACAAGCUCUGCUGGCACACAAAGACGACCUUCUGGCCGCCAGCAGUCAUCGUUUUCAGAGCGCGCACUCGGCACUUCCUCCUCAAAAUCAUUCAUUGCUGCACCAACAGCUUCAGCAUGCACUAGAAGCAGCCAAGAGCUCCGAUCAACGACUCCAAGAGUCGUGCGCAAGGUUCGACCAGGCAGAGCUAGGAUGGAAAGCUCAGAUCAAGGGCCUUCAGAUCCAGAUAGAUGAGCGGAACAAUGUGCUCGCGGAGGCUGCUGAACAAUUGGCGCAGAAGGGCUACGGCUCUGAUGCCAGUUCCGUGAAGGCGGAGUUGAAACAGGUCAGACUUGAGCUGGAGCGUACCAAAACUUACGCCGCUGGUCUGAAGAAACAAUUCGAGGUGGAGAAGAGAGAAAACUCGAAGAGUAGACGAUUCCCUGCUACCGCGGUGGGCAAAGGCGCAGAGGACGAUCAAGACGACGAUGAGGUCGUUCCAGAUGCCGUGCGCAUCAAAAUGGAGGCAGCAGCUAGAGCAGCAGCAUCGCAGGAAGGACCAGUGCCAGCGGAGGCUGCGCUACCGGCGUCUCUGGAUGAACGAACAACACCGUCGACCCGGCGAGCCUCGAUCUCGAUGCCAGCAGAGGCCCUCUACACCGUGCCCAUGCACCGACAAGCACCUCUGACGACACGAGUUACCAAGAACGUUCCUGGAAAAGCUGGCUCCAUCCGUCCGCCGCCGCCGCCGCCGGCAUCCGUACCACUGAACUUGAAGAGUCCAGUUCUUGCCAUACGCUCUCAGUCGAACGCCAAGUCUGCCUUGGGUAUGUCAAGUCUCUCGUCCCCCUCAAUCCAAUCAUCUCAGCCAAGCCCGGCACAGCCAAAACGCAAACGCAUGGUGAGUCCCGACGCUGACUUCGAGGACGAUUCUCCACCAACACCGCCGAAUUCCCUGUCCACCUUGCCGAAGCGCCGCCGGACCAGCUCUCGUUAUUCAAACUCAUCUGUCUCCUCUGCAUCGAUUGCCAAAGCCGCACUGAAAGAAUUGAAGAAGACCUUCAAAUUCAAGGCCAGUACUGGCUACGAUUCGGACGACAUCGUCUCCUACCACACCUCGCAAGACUUAAGCGACAGCUGCGCUGAGCUCUGGGAUCAAAUUCUGGACUUAGUGAACGCAUGGGAGGCGUCCCGGGGAACCGAAUGGAGGGAUGACAUCUGCAUCAAGUACAGGCGUGAAGACAUCGACAGUGGAAAAGUGCGGAAGCCGUGCGUAUCGACGAGGCUGCUACGCAAAGGUGGAGGGCUGACUUGGAGAGCCGGCGACGAGGACGCCAAGUGGGCCUGCGAACGUUGCGUGAGGUCUGAUAAGCCGUGCUUCGCUUGGGAUGGAGAAGACUUCUGGUUGUUGCCGCUGCAUGAGGAGGAUCGCAAAUUUGAGGUGAAGAAGGAUUUUGAAAUCAGGACUUGGUUGAACGUGGAGUGA